UAUAAAUUACAUAAAAUACACAAUCCUUUAAACAGAAGAGGAAGCACUAACUGCAAUAGCUUGGAGCUUCAGAGGUCAGGACUUCUCAUAAUUUUUUUCAACUAUGACUUUGAGGUUAUGCAGAUACCAUCUUUCUACCGUAUAAGACCACUUGAUAUUAUUAUUAGUACAUCACUGCCGGUUGAUAACAGCAAAAUACUACAAUUUCGUUUAAAUAAUAUUUGAAAAUAGUUUCAUUGUUCAUUUUCAUUCUGACUUUCAAUAUUGUGUGUAGUACCUAUCACAUUAAACGCUUGCAAUAAAUCAUGUCUGAAAGCCAAAAUACUCAACUAUUUAACAGAAAUUCAGUCACCGAUGUUGAUGAUUCAGAUCUCAUCAAUAGUUAUGACAGACAGUAUGAAAAAGUGAAAAAGAAGGCCAAGGCAAAACUACCCCCUAUUGAUUCAAUGUCAGAGCUGAGUUUAAACGACAAAGAAAGCGUCGAGUCUAGUGUAAAAACCAGACCAAAGAAAAAAACUAAUGCUAAUAAGAAUUAUCAAACUGAACCAACAAACGGAUUUGAGGGUACAGAAGUACUAUUUCCACCACCCCCACCACCACCAGACAGUAUAAAAAAUUUACCUAAAACUGAAAGAGAAGCUCUCACAUCAAUGCUCAUGUCAUAUUAUAUGAGUGGAUUUCAUACUGGAUAUUAUCUUGGAAUGAAACAAAAUAAUUCUGAAAACUGAUGUUACACGAAUAAAUCAUUUACAAAUUCUCAUUAACUAUAUGGAUAUGUAAAACAUUUAAAAUAAUAUUUUGUACCUAUUAAAUCAAUUCAUUGUAUUGUACAAUUUAAAAUUAUGUAAAUAAAUAGUUUUGUCUCAUUUAUUAAA